AACUCCUCGUUUGCUUCCGAACUAAAUGAGUACCCCCGAUUCAUCUUCAUCGACCCCUCAAGCCUCUCAGGACGAAAGGACGUUUGAGCGAUGGAGGAAAACAUUCUCAACGUUCACAGGCAUUGGACUUACCUCGGAAGAAGCUGAAGAAAGACGCAUAGGCAAAGCUGACAGAUUCCUGCAUGCCCAGCGGCAGAAUUGUCUGUUUUGGAGGAACGACCUACUGAAAUCUAGCCCUGCUGUUACGUUCAUGGUCCAACAUCUUGGCCAGAAUGGCGUCCGUGUGAAUUCAACCAACAUUAUCUGUGAACCGUGCGACAUGACUCGUUCUGGCGGAUUCAGCCCAGAGUUACAAGAGGUGUUACUGUGCCAGAAUGGCUUUUCAUCAAAGCAGCACAUGGAAGACACCAUAGUUCAUGAACUCAUUCACUUGUAUGACCAUUCCAAAUUCAAAGUCAACUGGACGGACCUCCGUCAUGUGGCCUGCAGCGAGAUUCGUUCCGCCAACCUCAGUGGCGACUGUAAGUGGGACAGGGAGCUGUUCCGAAGAGGGGUGCUAGGUUUCACUAAACACCACCAAACAUGCGUCCGAAGGAGAGCUGUUUUGUCUGUUUCACAGCACCCAAAUUGCAAGAGUAUGGACGAAGCCGAGCGAGCUGUCAAUGAGGCUUGGGAAAGCUGUAUUAGUGAUACUAGACCUUUCGAUGAGAUCUACUGACGAACAAUAGGCUGUCCUAGAGACGAAACCGCCGCCUGAACCAUCCACUUGACAUACAUCACCCGACAGUCUAUCGUACGAGAAUAAACAAGCGUUGUUACAUUAUCAGUGAUAUUAGACUUAUUAUAUGUGCCUCCACAUGACAUUCGCUGACGAGGAUGGCUUGCUUUUCCGUGACGUCCCAGUCCGCCGUGCUUAUCCGCUGU